AUGGGCGGCGACCCCCCCCAGCUCCCAGCGGCACCCCCCGCCCUGGGGCCCCCACCCCCUCUCCUCCACCUGCACCCCGCCCCGCGCCUGCCCCCCGGCUGGGUCACGACCCCCGAGGCUGGGGGUGGGUGGAGGUCGCAGGCACCUCGAGGUCACGGUUCGACUCCCGGCUCGGGGCUCGAGUUGCUGAGGGCGCGACUGCUGCUUCACGGCGGCGCCUGUACCUGCGUGCAGUGCAAAAAGGUGUUCUCCACGCCGCACGGCCUCGAGGUGCACGUGAGGCGCGCGCACAGUGGAGCGAGGCCCUUCGCGUGCGCUCGCUGCGACCGCAGCUUCGGCCACGAGCACAGCCUGGAGCAGCACCACGCCACGCACACACAGGAGCGCAGCUUCGCGUGCGACAUCUGCGGCAAGGCGUUCAAGCGCUCGUCCACGUUGUCCACCCACCUGCUCAUCCACUCGGACACGCGGCCCUACCCCUGCGCCUUCUGCGGCAAGCGCUUCCACCAGAAGUCCGACAUGAAAAAGCACACCUUCAUACACACAGGAGAGAAGCCUCACAAGUGCUCCGUGUGCGGCAAGGCGUUCAGCCAGAGCUCCAACCUCAUCACGCACUCCCGCAAACACACUGGCUUCAAGCCCUUCGCCUGCGACCUCUGCGGCCGCGGCUUCCAGCGCCGCGUCGAUUUGCGGCGCCACCGCGACGCGCAGCACGGGGGCGAGGGGGUCGCGGGGGGCGAGGGGAAGGGCUCACAGGGCAAAGCGAAACAGUGA